GUGCGACUUCGAAUCGGCAUGCAUUGGUUCGAAGUUUUGAUAAUUUUCUAAUUUUUGUUAAAAUGUCUCUAAAGUGGACUGGAGGUCAAAGUGAGUCCGGUAUAUUAAGAAAGAGUGAGUUCAAGGAGAAGAAAGAAGACCUUUUCGUGUUCGGCUACUCGUGCAAAUUGUUCAGGGACGAUGAUAAAGCCCUUCACAUUGACCAAGGCAAACACCUCAUUCCGUGGAUGGGGGAUGAAACGUUGAAAAUCGACAGGUAUGAUGCACGGGGAGCCCUGCACGACCUGACCAGGCUUGAAGCCCCGCCGGGAGGUUACGACUGGCGAGUGGAACUUACUAGGGCAGAGCUGGAUGUGGAACAACUGUGUGAUGAGGAGAGAUAUCGGGCACUGCACACUGACGAAGAUGAAGAGGAAAUGUAUAAAGAGGAAGAGCUAAAGCGCCUGCAUGCAGCUGGUUACGGCCAGGUGGGGUUCAAUUAUGAUGCCCCUGCGGAACCAGAGCCUCCGCCACAACCUGCAGAAGUGGAUGAGGAACCAUUCAUCCCCACACCUGCAUUCAGGGCCCUACUGCCUAUUGACACAGUGUUUCCUGAGACCUUAAAACAGAAUGCUAUAAUAGAGAAAACGGCGAAGUUCAUAGCAUCUCAAGGCGCUCAAAUGGAGAUUCUCAUCAAGGCGAAACAGGGCGACAAUCCACAGUUCAAUUUCCUGAACCGAGACUCGAGUCUGCAUCCAUACUAUACAGCGCUUAUUGGACUUGUCAAGGCUGAGAAGUGGCCAGAAAAGAAAGUUGAAGUUGUCGAAGACAAACCUCCUGAAAAUGAAGAGUAUCUGCACCCGAGCUUGGCGUCAACUGUGAUUGAAUCUGCACCAGCAAUCCCGAGCAUCCACUACAAGCCAUCAGCUGACUGUGACUACACCAUGCUGAUCAGCAAGAUGCGAGGAGAAGAUGAAAUGGAUGUUGACGGCGAGCCCCGUGGUGACGUGCCUCCUCCGGGAACUGAACCGCCGCGACACCGGACGCCGGGCGCUGAAAUAUAUAGGGCACCUGUCAUGUACACCAAAGGACCCGAUGGUAAUCAUGUGGAUCCAACAGCCCCAAUGCCGUCACAAUACCAGCAGUACGCAGCCUACUACCAGCAGUAUCAAGCACAGGAACAACAGAAGCAAGUGAAGAAGCCCCCUCCACCUCCCUCGCUCAAGUCCACCGGUCUCAGCUUGAUGAAGAACUAUAAUACAGAUUCGGAUAGCGAUGUGUCAGAUUUCGACGACAGUUCAUCAACGGACAGCAGAGACAAAGUACCAAUCGUCACACCGCCGGAUGACGUGCAAAUUGUUAUUGACAAGAUGGCUUCCUACGUCGCGCGUAAUGGCGACGAAUUCGCAGACAUAGUUCGCGCGAAGAACGACCCUCGAUUCACUUUCCUGGACCCUGAGAAUGUAUACCAUGCGUACUAUAAACGGCUGAUGCAGCAAAAGAGAGGAAUCGAUGUCAACGGGAAAGAGAAAAAGAAAAGGACUGCUGCACCAGUAUCAUUCUCCAUUAAGAAAUUGAAGGAACCAGAUCCAAUCUUACCAAAACCUGCGUUACCUUACGAAUCCAGUUCGGACGAUGAUUCAGAGAAGCCAGCUGAAAAACAACCAGCUCAGGAGGAAUUCAAGGAACCACCUAAAGUAUACCCACCAACGGUACCAGCAAACAACAUCCCACCGGUAGUCAUGUAUAAAAUAGAUCCCCAGUACAAUGAAUUACCUCUAAUGAGACCUUACGUAGAACCAGCGAAACCGUUAAAACCACCUCCUAACCCGCCGAUGUUAGAAUACAAUGAAGUACCAAAACAAGAAGAGAUUGUGGCCAUGCCUGAAGCACCCCCACCCCCAACCUUUGAAGAAGUUAAAGAAAUUCCAACCGUACCCAUGAAAGAAGUGCCGACUGUCGAAAAAGUGGAGAUAGUCAUUGAAAAGGAGAAAGAAGUUCCUCAUGUAGAUGUUUCACAGAAAAAAGAGAUUCCUCUUGUUAAAGAUAGUUCUCAGAAUAGAGACAGUCCGUAUACAAGAGAAAGCCCUUUUCGCAAAGAAAGUCCACCAAAGAGAGACAGUCCUUACGCUAGAGAAAGCCCUUACAGAAGAGAAAGUUCAAUCAAAAGAGAGAGUCCUUACAAAAGAGGAAGUCCUUUAGCUAGAGACAGUCCCUAUUCUAGAGACAGUCCGCAUAAGAGAGAAGGUUCCCAUAAACGGGACAGUCCUCAUGUCAGAGAUAGAGACAGAGAUAGCUCGCAUAAAAGAGAGAAGAAGAAACAUAAGGACCGUAGGAAGGAACAUCGAUCGAAGUCUGAAAGCAGGGAAUCUAGAAGGAAUGAAAGACGGAGUGCUGAGAGGGAAAGAAAAAGAGAAAAGGAUAGAGUUAAAGAGAGUGAGAGUAAGAGAAGUAAAUAUAGUAAAGAGGAGUUGGAGAAUGAGAUCAUAUCAUUGGUUGAUAAUUCUGAUGACUUGAUUGACUUGACGGGAGAUCAGUCCGAUUCUAAAGUGGAAGGUGAGACGGAAGCAGAGCGCGCGAAGCAGUUGGAGCGUCGGCGGCGCGCGGCCGAGUUCCUGAAGAAGGUCGGCGUCGACCCCGCCGCCGCCGCGCUGCCUACAUCCUCACUCGCCAGCGCUAUGGUGGAUACCUUGGAGUCUAUUCGGAAGAAGAAAGCGGAAGAAGAAGAGAAGAGACGGAGGCGAGACAAGAGAAGACAUCGUGACAGACGAGAUUACGAAGACGAGUCUGAGCGGUCACACAGGAAGAGCAAACGCCGAAAGUAUAAGUCGUCAGAUGACAACGAUGAGUCUGACUAUGAUGGUUCAAAAAAGAAGAAACGAAAGAAGGACAGAAAGCACAGUUCUAAAGGUAAGCGCAAGCGCAGGCGGGACGACACAGAAGAAAUAGAACAGCCAAUCACAGUCAACAUAGACUUGACAAGCACUCUCAAAGAACUUCGCACUUCUUCUCCAACCAAAGAACUUGUACUACAAGACUUAGAAGAAACACAGAACUUUGUAAGACCAGAUUCUUCAGACGAUGAACUAGAUAAAGAAAGAAGGAGAAAGAAAGAAAGGCAGUACAGCGAAGGAGAGUGGUCGAGUGACUCCGAAGGAGAUUCCAAAUCAAGUGCUAGUAAGAUUGAUGAUUGAAGGGAUCAGAGGGUCUACCAUGACAUGUUAUAUUGUGAACUUUUUGGG